GCCGCGCCGGCCAGGUCUGGACAUGGUGCUCUCUGAGCUGGCCGUGCGCCUCAACUGCGCCGAGUAUAAGAACUGGGUGAAAGCGGGCCACUGUCUUUUGCUGCUGCGCGGCUGUUUGCAGGGCUUCGUCGGCCGCGAGGUGCUCGCCUUCCACAGCAGCCUGCUCGCCGCCGCCCCCGGCCUGGGUCCCCACGCCGCCUGCAGCAGCGGCUCGCGGUGCAGCCCUCGCGCCCGCCAGUUUCAGCCUCAGUGUCAGGUGUGCGCAGAGUGGAAACGGGAGAUUUUGAAACAUCACACCAACAGAAAUGGAGACGUCCACUGGGGAAACUGCCGGCCGGCCCUGUGGCCGGUCGACGCCUGGGAGGUGGCCAAGGCCUUCAUGCCCCGAGGACUGGCAGACAAAACAGGACCUGAGGAAUGUGACGCAGUUGCUCUUCUGAAUCUCAUCAACUCCUGCGAUCACUUCGUGGUUGAUCGAAGAAAAGUCACAGAGGUGAUUAAGUGUCGUAACGAGAUCAUGCAUUCUUCAGAGAUGAAAGUAUCUUCUGUAUGGCUACGAGAUUUUCAGAUGAAGAUCCAAAAUUUUCUAAAUGAAUUCAAGAAUAUCCCAGAGAUUGUGGCAGUAUACUCCCAAAUAGAACAGCUGUUGACAUCUGACUGGGCUGUUUACAUCCCUGAGGAAGAUCAGCGAGAUGGGUGUGACAAAGGAGUUUACCUGAGUGAGAGCCAAGUAAACGAGAUAGAAAUGGAAUUACUAAAGGAAAAACUUCAAGAGCUCUAUCUUCAAGUAAAAGAACAAGAGGUGUUGCCCGAAGAGAUCUUAAACCAACUGGAAGUGGUGAAAGAAUUUCUAAGAAACAAUGAGGAUCUUAGAAAUGGUCUGACAGAAGAUAUGCAGAAGCUGGACAGCCUCCGUCAACAGCAUCUAAAACCAGAUUCAAAGGAACCUGGGGUACAGACACCUGAAGGGAAGGCCUGAGGUCGACCUUCCACAAAGAUCAGGCGUGUUCUAUGAAAGUUGCCCAGGCUUCCAUCUCAGGCAUCCUUUUCUGGGCAAAAGGAAAAACUCUCCCGAGUACUCCACUCAAACAAAAAGGGAUUUGUAUUGUCUUCUCCUGGACUUUCCUUUGACUCUUUGGGAGUAUUAUUUUUUUUUAACAUUCACAAGCUUGGUGGUGUUAUCUGUACCAACCAAAAAAUAUUAGAUACUCUUGUACCAAACUUGGUAUCAUCCAGGGUUUUUUUUUGUUGUGGUUUGUUUUUCAGGUUUUGUUUUUCGUUUUGUGUUGCUCUUUAAAAGGUGACAUUCUUUUCUGCUCCUAAAACUCUAACUGCUUCAACAGUAAACACACACCCUUGCCUCAAAGUCUCAGUCGUGAGGAUGCCCACAGGUGGGCUGUGAUGUAUUGAUGUUGAGAUAGAAAUCCUUCCUUCUUGCCAGCAUUUCCAGUUAGUACAGAACUGUGAGUUCCCCUUUCUGGUAGCCUGAGACAGUAAGACAGAGAGCUGGGCUGAGAACACAGUAACUUGACUGACAGCAUAGGGGGAGGGCCCAGGCUGGUAUCACAGCUCUUUCUGUUCAGUUAUUCCAAGUGCUGAGUGCAGGGUGUGGUCCGUGUGUGCUUGAUGAAUAUUCCUUAACUAAAGGGUCAGCUGAUAGUGUAGAGGUAUUCAUAGAUAUAAAUAUUCAUUACAUUGUUAACCAAGAUUGGUCCUUUGUUAUGAGGUUUAAGAAGGAAAUUUGAACAUUCUUAUGGAAGUUCAAAGACGUCAUUUUCUUUCAGCAACUUCACAGAUUCACUCUGUUCCUCUUACCCCAAAAGUCAUCCACUUUCAGCUUUGUCCUAUUUGUUUCUUGAACUGCAAAUCCCUGUCCUGUUGUGUGCAGUAGUCUGUGGGAUUAGCUUUACCCUCACCUUCCCCCACGUCUGCUCAUCUUCAAAGCCAGUGGGCUUCCCUUGUAGCUCGGCUGGUAAAGAAUCUGCCUGCAAUGCAGGAGACCCAGGUUUGAUUCCUGGAUUGGGAAGAUCCCCUGGAGAAGGGAUAGGCUACCCACUGUAAUAUUCUUGGGCUUCCCUAGUAGCUCAGAUGGUAAAGAAUCCACCUGCAGUGCAGGAGACCUGGGUUUGAUCCCUGGGUUGGGAAGAUCCCCUGGAGGAGGAAAUGGCAACCCACUCUAGUAUUCUUGCCUAGAGAAUCCCCAUGGAAAGAGGAGCCUGGUGGGCUAUAGUCCAUGGGGUCGCAAAGAGUUGGAGAUGGCUGAGUGACUAAGCACAAAAGCACAGCGGUGCUGAGCUAGGCCAUGUUGCCCCUGGAUCUUCAGGGACAGACUUGCCACAUUCCCUGCUGCCUGGAGAAAGUGCUUCCAGUCCGAGCCCAAGUGAAGCCCUGCUCCUUUGCUUACUCAGCUGCCCAUCAAGGAUGUGAUUUUUAGGGAAUGGGGGUAGGGGAUAUAUUUGGUGUAUUUUUACAUUAAAAUGCAUUGAAUGUAAUUGUGUAAAACCUGGAUGAAUGCACAUAUGCCUGUAACUUCCUGCUUUCAUCUUUCAUGCUACUAUUUGGUCUUUAAUCUUGCUUUUUCUUUCUCCCUUUAUUUCAUGGAAUACCUUUAGAAGACUUCAGUAAUACAGUGGCAAUUUUCUUUCAUCUUGGAACCCCCCCCUCCAACCAAACUAAGAAACUUCAUGAAAUGUUUCAUAGUUUCUAGAUAUAAAGUAACAAAACUUGUGAUCAAAUCAAAUAUUGACUCACUAACCAAUUUAAGAUCUGGUUUCUCACCUUAGGAACUUUGGGUUAUGAAUACUUUCAUUUCAUUCCUCUUGUAUCUAUUUAGUUUUUCCUUAUCUACCAAACAAACAUUUAUCAAGUGUCAGCCACAUGUCAGGCACUGAAGUAGAUGCAAAAGUGAAGAUUUGUACAGUAUGGACAAUGGUAUGCGAGCUCUCAUCUUACUGGAUUUAUUGUCUGCUCUGAUGAAUUGAAUGAAUUCAGGGAAUUCCCUGGUGGUCCAGUGGUUAGGACUCAGUACUUUCACUGCAUGAGCCCCAGGUUCAAUCCCUGGUGUGAGGGACUAAGAUCCUGUGACCCACGAGGUGUGGCCACCAUUUAAUAUAAGAAGACACGUCCAGAGGGGGCUUUAAAGCAAACUGUGUGUACAGGAACAUCAACCUUCUGGAUCUCUGUACGAGGGCACAGAGCGUGCACAGAAGGGUGUUCACAGCAGUCUUGGCAGGCGGCCAUGGAGAGAGGACCGGUUAAAUAAUCACAGCACAUCCAUGUUGCCGAGAAUUGCACAACUGUUAAAAAAGGAGGAGGUAAGGCUGCCAUGCUUUGAUAGGAAAUGAUGUCUAAGACAUACAGAUAGAAAAGCAGAAUGUAUAACAAUGCAUAGCAUGCUAUAAAACUAUGGCGCUUUCAGAUAACGGAGAUCUGGAAAGCUGUGUGCUUUUCCCAAGCUUUUUUCCCAGGUCACCUCUGCGAGAAGAAUUGGGGUCAAAUUUGGCUUUUCUGUCCUUGGCACACUCCCAUAUGGAAUUUGAAUGACAA